AUUGCCUUCUAAUAAGAGUGACAGACGAACAAGUACCCCUGUCUGUGUGCUUGUUGAACUUUGAAAACAAGUUCAAUAACGAAAAAUAGUACACGUUUUGGAAUAGCCUGAUCUUAUAAAGACAGUUUCCCACUUUUUGACGUUUGUCAUGUCGUAGAAGUCAUGGCGACGAUUCAUGGAAGCAGUAUUGUUAACCCUGCCUUUGUCCUCGGGCUGUGGAUCAUAUAUAUUUACUGUUCUGGUAUGGUGUGGGCGAAUGCCUCAGGAGACGUUCGAUUGGUUGGAGGGGCCAAACCCAACGAAGGUCGAGUUGAAAUACACAACGAUGGGAUCUGGGGAACCUACUGCGGGGAUUCCAUUGAUGUUCAGAUAGGCAUGGUGAUAUGCCGGCAAGCCGGAUACCCGGGAGCUGCCAUGAGGUUUCAAACCAGUCAGGAAUUUGGAUCCGGUACGGGACCGGUUUACUACAACGGUUACAUGUCAUGCGUUGGAGAUGAAAGAAGUCUCGCAUAUUGCCACUUCACAAACUACAAGUACUCAGAUUGCACUCAUAGUAAAGACGCUGGAGUGAUAUGCCAAGAGCCUGGAUACGUGGGCUGCUACCCAGCUGAUGGUUCCAACAUCCAGCCUAUCUUAUCCCUCACAUCAUCAGAGGGAACCGAUAGUGUAGACGAUUGCCUCACCCUCUGCCGCACUGAAAACACGUCACAUGCUGCUAUGUCGGGCAAAAGAUGUCAUUGCAUCAACCAGUUACCAAAGAACGUCAGCUCCAGCAGGGUGACAGAUGAUAAAUGCAGUUCCACCUGCUCCGGGAAUUCCCGCCAAAUUUGUGGUGGCCCAAACCACUACUCCGUUUUCAGUACAACCGAUGGGUUUUGCGACCAACUGCUUCCUCCUGCUAAUGGCACCAUCGAUACGAAAUACACGCGGUAUGGUGCCACUGUCACUUUUGGCUGCGUCCAAGGCUUCGAGUUAGAAGGCGCCAAAAAGACGCAGUGUGUCAGAAGUGAGACGCACACCAGCGGAUUCAAGUGGGGCAGCGUCGCCCCAAUAUGUACAGCAAGAAGAAAGGUACCAACCCUUCUUGUCUCCAGAUCGAAGGAAUCGGUAACAUCCAGUGCAACCCGUAUGACCGGGUUAUCCGGCGUAUCCGAUCCGUCCGAAACCACCCUCGUGCCGCUAUCGCCAAGGUCAAGCAGUAAUCCAGGCAUCGUUAUUGGGAUUAUCAGUGGAAUUAUCCUUGUUGCCAUCGUGAUGACCUUAUUGUUCAUCUACUGCAGACAGAGGAGGACCAAGUAUGAACGAAAACCCCUCCAUGUUCGAACUUCCUGGAGCCCUCUUCACAUCCGAUCCUCCUGGACUCCCACCUACCUUCACAAGGGGGAGCUAAACGCCGAGCCACACAUGUACGAGACAACUAGCCAAGGAGGGGCUAGCCUUCACUCCACUCCCAUGCACCGCGCCGUAACGCCAGGAGGAACCUCCGAGCACGAGUACGCUAGCUACCACGAAUUCCAGCACGAUCUUCUGGUGGAGGACACAGCGCUUCUGCACUCCCCCAUCGAGAAGGUGUCGAACGGACGUCUGACGCUUAAGGAUAGUGGCGAAUGCUGUAGUCCUAGAGAAACUACCACCAUGGUGGUCAACGAACUGUACAACCCGCAAGGGAAUCCAGAACACAACAUCUACGAAAUCACGGAAGAUGAGUUCCAACUCCUGCGGGAGUCGCAGCUUCUUGAUAACAGAGAGCAACCCGCGUUGCCUCGGAGAACGUCGCUUGACGCGCGGAUAAAAGAAGAAGAGCAUAUCUAUGAACCGGAACCGAUUAGUGAGUUGUCAUUUGCAAUGGACAAGGACCACGUGUAUAGCUCAGCGGACUAUGCGUACGCGGAGGUUGAUCCCAGAGACAGUGGGGUGGGUACCCUGAGUAUGAGCAUGAGGUUACGGGGGUCGCUUCCGUGCUUUCACGAAACUAUGGUGAAAAAUGAACUCUAUGUUUCAUCGGACAACGUAGAGGAGCAACAGGCGACAGAAGAACCUGACAACACCGUCAUGGUCGAGAACAUUCUUUACAAACCUCAAUCGUAACGGGAAUCUUAUCCAGAGUUGUUAUUAAUAAUUAUAAUCUGUCAAUGAGAACGUCAUUCCCGGUAUUAAUGGCGUUAAUAGUCGAUACAACUGUCGAGGUGUUGUUUCGUGUCGCUGGCAAUGUGCCCUCUUGUGUUUGUGGCACAACCGCUGGUGAGAAAUCACUAUGUAGCUUGAUCUACGGACCUCUACGGUGUGACGAGAUCCAUUGAACAAAGUAGUGUUUGAAAGAUGUAUAGAUGUGGAUGAGUAGAUGAAGGUAUUUUAAAAAGAGAAUGUAGUCCGAUGAUCAUGAUGAAAGAUGGACUCGAUGACAUCGCGUCAUGAGACCUAAAUAUGACAUGGUUUCAGGCAAAACACCGAAAAUAUCCCUGACUAUAAACAGCGGGUUUCGUGUAAAUGAAAAUGAAAUAUGUAUAUUCCUAUGUAUAUAAAAUUAUUGAAAUAGUGUGACGUGGUGUGUACCGCUGCUAAAAUUAAAAUAUGCAGUCUAGAAUGUUAUACUUAUCGGCAUCAACUAUGACCUCGUUUUCUACAUGUUCUAUUUCCAUAUUUUUCUCUAUUUCAAAAUUGCAUCUUGAACAGUUGAAUGUAAAUACUCGUCUAAGCAAACAAAAUAAAUUGUAUUUAUAUUUUGAUACUUUUAGAACUAAUGAGCGAAAUUGUAAAUAACUAUACCGUCCUAACUUGCCUUUUCUUUUUAUGCUUUGUAUUUUCUAAUAGUAUAGCCUAUUUCGAUAUGUAUACACAACUGUAAAAUGUCUUUUCCAAGAAGAACUCCAAGAUUGUCAAUAAGUUGUUUUAUAAAAUGAAAUUCAUUUAUUUUGUUCGAUAAUCUGUAAAAAAUACUGUCAAGAAAAUGACGUCGCGGAUUUCUGCGAAAAAAACUGAAAAUUAAUAAUGAUUCAUACAGUGGCUAUAAUGUUAUUUAUGAAAACUGCAACUAUCAUUCGAACAACAGCAUUGUACAAAAUAUACAUUGUUCGAGCUUUUGUGAUGUUAUCCGCACCGUAAAUUGUCACUUUGUGUAAUAUUCUUCUUUGACUGUCUAAUGAUUUUUUUUCAAGGAAGAUGUUCAAAUAUGGAUACAAAAAUAGGGAAUAAAAUCUUUUUUCGACUCGCUCGCCUAAACAUAAUGCCUCAUUUUGUUAUGUUUUUUAUUAUCCCUUCUGUCUCGAUGUAUUUCUGUCUGUCUUUCUCUCUGUUUAUUUGUUUAUCUCUCCCCCCCCCUCUCUCUCUCUCUCUCAAAGCUGUCUCCCUCAUAGCGUGGACCGUACUACAAAUGGACUGAGCAUGUUUUUUCUUCUUUUUUUGUUUGUUAUUUAAUCACAACAACCGGCAUUCUAUUGUUUAUCUUCUUGAAUAAAGGUUGUCAAUGAUAACCUUAAAGUUUGUCUUAUAGGGUUGUCAGACAGAUUGUUUUGAGGGAUACCUAAAAUAUAUUAGUGUGACCCAUCGUUUGUAAUUUGCAUAAUGUAAAUAAUUUCGAUACCCCCCCUCCCCCCC